AUGCUCGACCAGAACACUCAAACCUGCUACUACCAGCCAGGCAUAGGCACCACCUUUGGAGGAGCAGUUCCAGACAUUGAAUCCUCCACCCACUUCAAGUAUGGUCUUGACAGUAUUAAGAACAGCCUCGACGCUGCAUUUGCCCUCUCUUUUGAGUCCCAUGUCCAGGCGGCGUACCUCUUUCUCAUGAGGUUCUGGACACCGAAGUCGAAAGUGUACAUCUUUGGCUUCUCAAGAGGCGGUUACACGGCCAGAGUAUUGAUCGGAUUUCUAGAAUGUUUCGGUCUUUUUCACCAAGGCCUGGAGAUGCUGGUGCCGUUGGCGUGGAGAGUGUACUCCGGGUGGGAGAAAGCAGGACGUCCCAGAAGGGACCCCACGUCGCUGUUUCUGCUUCAUUUGCGAAGAUUGUUUGGACAGGAGAUCAGGGUCCAAUUUCUCGGGAUUUGGGACACGGUUAGUCUGGUUGGUAUAUUGACUGACAGGUUGUUUCCAUUCACUACUUGUUCUUCUAUCGUAGACCACAUUCGUCAUGCUCAAAGCAUCGACGAGAGAAGGGCUAAGUACCGACAAGUGCCGUUCUACGUUGACGAUCAUACCAGUGAUAGAGCAGUGCCUUCUCUUCUACACCGAAUCUGGAUAUGGGCAAAUAGCCUUUGGUUCAGCAACCAUUCAGAUACCAAUGUGUCUAAGGACAUUCUUGAGAUGUGGUUUCCUGGCUCACAUGGCGAUAUGGGCGGAAGUUGGGGGCUAGAUGAAAACGGAAAGCGGCUUUCAGAGGUCCCAUUCCGCUGGCUAAUUGCCGAAGGUUGUAAAUUUGGUGUCCAGCUUGGAAAGGAUAGCAUAGAGUCUUACUGGGAACGAUACCAGCCAAAAGACUCCUUAUUGCUGUACCAGCACGAUAAUCUCUCACUUCGUAGAUCUAAAGUCCAAGAGCAGGAGAUCUUCGAGGGUGCAGAUGGUGUAAUUUUACGGUGCAAUGGAAGGGGAAACUCUUCAUUUCUCAAAAGCAUAUGGUGGUGGUUUCUUGAGUUGAUUCCCUUCAACACCAAAAUUGCAAAGGGGAAUGGCCGAUGGACAAACAAGUUCAGUCCCAACUUGGGGAAGAACAGAGUGCUUCCUCCUAAUGCCCAAUUACACUGGUCUGUCUUCUACAGACUUGCUCUUGUGGACGACUAUAGGCCCAACAACCUUCCUCCAAGGCUCGGGACCUAUAUUGUCAAGCUGGUCGAAGAAACCGGUGUAUCUUUGACAGAAGUCGAAUCCGCAAGUUUGGAAGCUCUUGAUAUGGAGAGUAUCCGAACAACAAACCUCGAACAUAUCUGGAAGAGGGUACCCGACGAGUUAGCGCAUCAAACGGGUUAUGAGCUGAUGUCUACAGCAUAA